UAUUCCAACUUACCUUAUUAAUUUUAGGACUAAAUGUAGAAAAAUGAUACUGUAUGUGUUCAUUGCAAGUUUGUUCCAAUCAAUUCUUGCAUAUAAACCAGUGAUUUUGAUUCAUGGCGUACUAAGUGAUGCAGGACAUCUUAACGACUUGAAGAAUCUGAUACAGACUUCUCACCCUGGUACCAAUGUAACAUUAGUGAAGCUUUAUCCUGAAGUCGAGAGCUUCGUUCCUCUUCAACAUCAAUUGGAGUAUUGGCUAAAAAAAGUGGAUGUAAUAUUUGAAAAUUCUCCAGAAGGUGUUCAUCUGAUCUGUCAUUCACAAGGUGGCCUUAUAUGCCAGGGUAUUAUCGAGUACUGCGAUGAGCAUAGCGUUCAUACAUUCAUCGCUCUCAGCUCACCACUGAAUGGUCAGUUUGGAGUUCCAUCAUUGAUCGCACAUUAUAUGCCCUGGUUAAAUGGUUCGCGUGAAUCUCUCACAAAAUACAUGUAUACGACAAUAGCUCAAGAUACGUUCGCUAUCAGUAAUUAUUGGAGAGAUCCACGAGACGAAUAUCAAUCAAAGUACGUUUCAACAGUACGGUAUUUACCAGUCAUUCAAAAUAACCCUAAAUCACGAAAAUAUAUUCCACAAGAGGCAGCUCGUCAUAAACGCAACUUUCUCAAGUUGAAAAAACUAGUUCUGAUAGGUGGACCUGACGAUGGUGUUAUCACACCUUGGCAAUCAAGUUUGUUUGGAUUUUACGAUGACCAACUUAAUAUUAGUAAUAUGAAGAACCAAUCUGUGUUUUUGAAUGACUGGUUUGGUUUGCGUACACUUUAUGAAAGAGGAAAUGUGUCAUCCUACGCUAUUCGAGGAGUGAAACAUGUCGAUUGGCAUGGCAACCCGUUCGUAUUUCACAAAGCAAUAGAACCGUGGUUGGAUUAAAUGAAAAUCAUUUUUACAGAAACCAUGUUUUUAAUGCCUCGUUUUUAUUCUUUAGUUAUUGUUAUUGUUUAUUUCCUUUUGUGGAAGUUGAUUAUGUAUAUUUUGUAUAUAUUCUUGUAUAUUAAAAAAUUGAUAUUUUAACGUU